AAUGUUUGGCAGCAUAUUUUGAAGUCAGUUUUUCUCAGUAACAGUAUGGAUGCCAGGAAUUUGGGAGUAGGAAUAACAUUUCUGUUACAGAGUGUAGUUGGACUUCUAGGAAACAUCUCUCUCAUUUUCUACUACUUGAUUAUUUACUAUAAGAAACACAAAAUAAAGCCCAUGGAUUUGAUUCUCAUGCAUCUGAUCAUAGUUAACAUCUUGAUCAUUCUCUCUAAAGGAUUGGCUAACACAAUAACACCUUUUGGCUUGAAACUUUUCUUUAAUGAUUGGAGCUAUCAAUUUUUUAUGUAUGUUCUAAGAGUUUUCAGGAGCAUGUCCAUUGUCACCAUCUGCCUCUUGAGUGUCUUCCAGGCUAUCACCAUCAUGCCAAGAAACUCCUGUUUGAAAAAUCUUAGAGUCAAGUCUACAAUGGACAUUAGUUUCUGCAUUUCUCUCUGCUGGGUCUUGUACAUCAUUAUAAAUUUUAUUUUCCCUUUGUACAUGUCCAUAACAUUAAGUAGGAAAAAUAUAACAAAGGAUACAAAUUUCAAGCUCUAUACUAUUGUAGGAUAUGACAAAAUCACGGGUUCAUUAUAUACAACUUUCUUUGUGUUUCCUGAAAUUCUGUUUUCUGGUCUCAUCACUUGGUCCAGUAGCUCAAUGAUUGUCCUUCUGUACAGGCACAAACGACGAGUUCAAUACCUCCAAAGUACUCAUGCUUCCCAUAGCAGUUCCCCUGAAUCCAGAGCCACUCAGAACAUUCUGGUACUAGUUUCCAUCUUUCUGUUUUUUUAUACAAUCUCUGCCAUCUCACAUGCUUACAGUGCUCUUUUUCACAGUUCAGAUGGGUGGCUGAUGAUUUUCUCAAACAUUUUAACUUUGUGUCUUCCCACUUCAAGCCUUUUUGUACUUAUGAGUCACUCAUCCUCUCUCUCCAAACUCUUCUUUCUCUAG